GUCAGGUUUCAUUACCUACGUGAUCCUGCACAAAUGUCAAGUGUCGUUCCUGCAAAGUGGCGUGAGCACAUGUACACACUAAUACAAAGAAAGAAAAUUAAUUCCUAUCUAUCUGCGAAUAUACGUUUCGCAACAAAAAAUGAUUUUACAUUUUGCAUUUAAGUGUUUAAAAGGCGUGGCGAGCUCUGCAAAAAUACUGCAAGGUUACGCCGCCGUAUAAAACAGAAGAAUAUAGAUAAAUGAUAUUACAAGAAGUAAACAGAAUAAGUGUACAGGAUUUAAAACACAACGAUGAAGUUUAUGUUUUUGCUGGUAGCUCUAAGCUGCGCAGUGUUAACAAAAUGCCAUCCUAGCUUAGAUGGCCUCCCAAAACAUCCUGGAGGCAUAGGAGGACUCUUUAGAGGACCAAAUUCAGAAACAAUCAUCAGAGGACCGGAUGGAAGCGAAAUAACAGCUGCUGAUGAAGCAGGUCACAUAACAACUGGGGGAGCAUUACAAACCAUAGUCGCAGCUGAGCCUGUAGCUAUUCAAACUGCUCCAACACUUCCCAUAAUAAGUGAAACAAUUGAAACCCAUACAGUAGCUGUUCAACCGGUUGUAGCUCAAGGUGUAGCUGUUAAUACCGCCAUACCAGUAGUGGACGUGACCAAACCAGUCGAUAUAAAGCUUGUCGAUGCUCCAGAAGUAGAACCUAACCAAUCCAGUGAUUUGCAUGGGCCAUCAGGUUCUAUUACUACCAGAGGAUCGAAAUCAAUAGUUUCAGGGCCAGCUUCAACCACAAUACAUGAACCAGUCCGUAAAAUACCACUUGUAGCUGCCGCUGUCCCAAUUGUUGCUCAUACCGAAAUCAGGACUGCACCACUACUUGAAACAGCUUCAAUACAACCCACCAUAUCUCACCAGACAAUCAACAUCGAACUAGAUUCACCCAUAGUUCAGCCUGCUUCACUUAACGGCCUUAUAGGCAACGAAAUAUCAACUAUUGCACCAGGAUUGCAAGAUCAAACUCAUCUUGGCAACAAUAUUCAUCAACAAACUCUUCUCACCGCAACAGCUGCACCAAUACAACUAAAUGUUGAAGCUGACAUAUCUCGUCAAUUGGCCGCUGAAUCUGCCAUCCAACAAACCGAAGCUGAAGCUAUCGCGCGCAGCCAACAAAUCGCUGCCGCAACUCAGCGACAGAGACAACAAGGCGAAGCUGAAGCUUUAUUACGCAGCCAACAAAUAGCUGCAGCUGAAAGGCAAAGACAACAAGGCGAAGCUGAUGCUUUAUUACGCAGCCAACAAAUAGCUGCAGCUGAAAGGCAAAGACAACAAGGCGAAGCUGAAGCUUUAUUACGCAGUCAACAAAUAGCUGCAGCUGAAAGGCAAAGACAACAAGGCGAAGCUGACGCUUUAUUACGCAGCCAACACGUAGCUGCAGCUGGAAGGCAAAGCCAACAGGGCGAAUCUGAAGCUUUAUUGCGCAGCCAACAACUUGCUGCUGCGGAAAGGGAAAGGCAAAUAGCUGCGCAGCAAGCAAUCCAACAGUCUGAAGCUAACGCUAUUACCAGAAGCCAACAAAUCACGGCCCAAAAUGCACCACAGCAAGCUACAAAUCAGCAAACAGCUGCUCCAGCAGCAGCUCAACAAGAUCAGCAACAAGGAGGGGAUUCCGCAGCUGCCCUAGAAGAAAAAAGACGUGUUGCCGAACAAGUAGCAAUCCAAAGAAAUAGGCAAUUGGCUGAAGAAGCUGGCCAAAUUGAAGCUGCAAGACAACAGGCGGAAAAUGAAGCUGCGGAAAGAAACAGGCAGCUAUCCGCUCAAGCUGCAGAAGUCGAACAAGCCAGAUUGGCUGCUGAAGCCGAGGCACAAGCAAGAAUUAAGGCAUUAAGCGAAGCUGCAGCGCUGGAAGACAGCAGGCAGAGAGCCGAAGCUGAAGUGAUCGAGAGAAGUAGGCAGUUACUUGAAGUUGCAGCUAAAGAAGAAAAUAGAAGGAAUCUUGCUGCUGCUGAAGCUCAAGCUCGGGCAGAGGCGCAAGCCAGAGCUCAAGCUGAAGCUGAGGCCCAGGCCCAAGCCAGAGCUCAAGCUGAAGCUGAGGCCCAGGCGCAAGCUCAAGCACCGGCUCAAGCUCAAUCCCAAGGACAAGCUUCUCGAGCAAGAAAUAAUGUUGCAGGCAUUAGACAAACUCCAGGUUUAAGUAUAGCUACAACAAUAAGAAAUCCCAGUUCAGAAAACGAUUUGAGACUUCUCGAGGAGCAAAAGAGACAGCAGUUGCUGGCAAUUGAAGCUCAAGCUCAGGAGGAAGCUCAGAGGCAACAACAAAGCUUACAAAAUGCUUUAAAUCAGGGUCAGAUAGGUUUGAAUCCUGCUUUGAUACCAGCCAAUAAUAUCAUCCCUCCUGGAGUUGGAUAUAAUAGAGGUUUGGUUUCUUCUACCAUAGCUCCUGAAGCAUUAGCUGAUAAUUCCUUGAGGGUGGAUGGAAGACAGCUCGAAAUAAGUCAGCUUCAAUUACAAAAUCAGAUACCAAUUGCUCCUCCAGGGUUGGACGGAAGAACUUUGAAUGCUGGGGACAGUAUUUUACAUUCCGAAUUAACAAAAUUGAACAUAGAUCCGUCUCAAAUACAGUUAUCUAAUGUACCUUUAUCGCAAGUACAAGGGUUACAACAAGGUGGGCAGUGGGGAAGAUACGGAAGACAAUUAGGAAAAAAGAAGAAUUGAAUCAAUAUUUGGGUGAACUAGUCAAUGGUUUGGGUUUAUAUUGUAUUAAUUUAUUUAAUAAAAUAAGA